CCCAAAAGAACCACGUAUAUCACAAUUCUACUCUGAAUCUAACAGUGGCUAUGAUGUCAAUUACGGAUCCCCUUAUAAGGGUAGCGCCACGUUAGCCUUCAGAUCCAUAAAAGGAGCUAUCUCUGUUUCUCUCUCUAUAAAGAUACAUCAGGCGCUUUACUCUUUGUUAAAUAAAUCUAAUACAACAACAGUAGUCUCUUGUUUUUCAUAUCUGAUCUGCCCUUUGUUUGCUUGUGUGACCUAUUGUCCAAUCAUCACUGGUUACAUCGGAGUGCCUUUCAACACAAUUAAACAUGAAUUUGCCUUUCCUUUUUUAUUACUUUGCUUAAACGGCAAUGGACUAUUAUCGUUACGACAAUCAUCACUCUGAAAAGGACCAGGGAGGUUAUUUAGAAGUAGCUCAGUGUCCAAGCGAUGCUGCUGCACUUACUAAUUAUGCUUAUGUUGCUCCUGGUGUUCUUGAUCCUCGUAUUCACCAUGUUCUUGUCAAUGGUGAAUUUGCUUUUACAAUCAGACCAGACAGAAAUAUGCAGAAAGGUCAAAUUGGCAUCAAUGGAAAUCAUCGUCGUUGGGCUAGUUUCUCUCUAGGCGAUAAAGUAUCAGUAGAGCCUAUUGAAAUUCACGGAGAUGGUCUGGACAUCAAACUUGCCUAUAUGAAACUCGAUAUCGAAUUUUAUUCAAAGAGCAAUAGAAUGGCAACAGAAUACAAGGAAGAAGAUCUUGUUCAAGCCUUCACCAUCAACUUUCACGGACAAAUAUACAAUAGAGGGCAGUACUUUGUUUUCGAAUACUGCGGGGUCAAAUUUAGAGCGACAGUGACAGAUUUAGAUGUAGUUGAUCUCAAUAUGUUAAGGAAAGGGGAGAUUGAUCCUCACCAGGAGAGAAAGACGACAGAUGCAGUACGUGGUAUCUUGACGCGUGAUACCAGACUUGAAUUUGCCAAGGCAGAGGGAUCAUUUGUCAAUUUGAAGGAAUCAAAGAAAAAAGCUAUGAAGCCUAAAGCCUUGAUUAAGCCUGAUUUCAAGUUUGAAGAUCUUGGUAUUGGUGGUUUAGAUGAUGAGUUCAAUGCUAUCUUUCGUCGUGCCUUUGCAUCUCGUAUCUUUCCUCCUGCACUUGUCGAGAAACUCGGCGUGCAGCAUGUCAAGGGUAUUCUCCUUUAUGGUCCUCCUGGUACAGGUAAAACAUUGAUGGCACGUCAAAUCGGUAAAAUGUUGAACGCCAAGGAACCCAAGGUGGUGAGUGGUCCUGAAGUGCUUUCUAAAUUUGUGGGUCAAAGUGAAGAGAAUGUACGCAAGUUAUUUGCUGAUGCUGAAGAAGAAUAUAGGCAAAAGGGAGAAGAAUCCGGCCUACAUAUCAUCAUCUUUGAUGAGUUAGAUGCCAUCUGUAAAGCACGUGGUAUGCGAAGUGGUGAUACGGGUGUAGGCGACUCUGUUGUGAAUCAACUCUUGGCCAAGAUGGACGGUGUCGAACAACUCAACAACAUUUUGAUUAUUGGUAUGACGAACAGAAAAGAUAUGAUCGAUGAAGCCCUUUUGCGUCCUGGUCGUUUGGAAGUGCACAUGGAAAUUGGUUUACCUGAUGAAGCAGGUCGUCUUCAGAUUUUGAAGAUUCAUACAUCUAAAAUGAGAGAAAAUGAGGUUCUCGAACCUGAUGUAUCCCUCGAGCAAUUGGCAGAACUUACAAAGAACUACAGUGGUGCCGAAAUCUCUGGUGUGGUCAAGGCCGCCUCUUCGUAUGCUUUCAACAGACAUAUCAAGGUGGGCACAAUGGCUGGUAUUUCAACGGAUAUGGAAAACAUGAAGAUUGGUAUGGAAGACUUUUUGAAUGCUCUAAAAGAAGUACAACCAUCCUUUGGUGUAUCUGAAGCUGAACUGAAGCAAUGUGUUCAAAACUCAAUUAUUGUGUACACACCUGCUAUUGAGCAAAUCUUGGCUGAUGGACGACUCUAUGUCGAACAAGUGCGUCAAUCGAGUCGUACACCCUUAGUCAGUGUCUUGCUCUCAGGUCCCGCUGGUAGUGGCAAGACAGCCCUGGCAGCCACAAUCGCAAUGAAGAGUGAGUUCCCCUUUAUUAAACUUAUCUCUCCUGAAACCAUGGUUGGAAUGACAGAGUCUGCAAAAGUAAAUGAAAUCAAUAAGAUAUUCAACGAUUCAUAUAAAUCACCUGUAAGUGUGAUUGUAAUUGAUGGCAUCGAACGACUACUUGACUAUGUGCCUAUUGGACCACGUUUCUCAAAUGGUGUCUUGCAAGCCUUAUUGGUCUUGCUGAAAAAGAAGCCACCAAAGGAUCGUCGUCUGUUGAUUCUCGCAACUACUUCACAGCGUCAUAUCUUGGAUGAAAUGGGCAUGAUACCUGAAUUUUCAAAUGAGAUCUACAUACCACCUAUUAGCACUAUAGAAGGUAUAGAAAUUGUAUUACAGACAGUCGACCUCUUCACGGAAGCAGAACAUAAUCAAGCCAUGUCUUAUCUUCGACAGUCAAGUAUCGAGGACAGAAUAGCCAUUGGUAUCAAGAAACUGCUGAUGAUUAUUGAAAUGGCUCGACAAGAUGAAGAUAAGGUUGGAAAAUUUGUGAGUGCUAUUUUAGCACUUCAUUAAGGGAAAAAAGGGCAUUUUUGUAUGCAAUAAAUAUUUUAGCUCCCAU